AUGGCAGAUAAGGGUUAUCCAGGAAGUAAUCCACCACCUCAAGGGUAUCCACCACAGCAGGGCUAUUAUCCGCCCCCACCUCAAGGUUAUGCUGCUUACCCACCGCCACCACAAGGAGCUUACUACCCUCCGCAACAGCAAUACUACCAACCACAACCAACACCACCUCCUCAAGUAAUUGUUCAGCAGAAACCCGCCAAAAGUGACUCAUCAGGGUUGUGCGCUGGAAUCGCAUUAGCACCCCUAAAAACUGAGGAUUUGACAAAUUUUAAUCAUAUUGGCCGCUAG